AUGAGGUCGUCGCAGAUUGAGUGUGCCGACGGCCUGCACAUCACGGUCUUCGAGCGCGACGGCGGCGAAGGCGCCGCCUGCGGAUAUGCCACCCGCCUCUGGGACUGCAGCGUUGGCCUCGCCCGGUGGAUGUUAGAGAGUCUGCUAGAGAGUCCGGAGAGGCCUCUCAGAGGCAGGCGGGUGCUUGAGCUCGGCGCGGGGACAGCUCUCUGCUCGCUGGCCAUCGUUGCUGCCGAGCCUGACGCGGACGUGACGGCAACCGACGUCGACCCUGCGGCGAUGCCGCUCAUCGCAGCCGCCGGCAAGGCGGCGAGCCAGGGACGGCGCUCCUCGUCGCCUCGCGCGGCGCUGCUGGACAUCUGCGCGUCAGCGGCGGACGCACCGCUGCCGGCGUGCGACCUGCUUCUCGCUUGCGACGCGCGCUGCGCCGAGGCGCUGCGUGCGUCGCCAUCCGCGCGUGUCGUGAUCGCCGACCCGGGCAGGCCGGGCCAGCCAGCGCUCGUCGAGGCGCUUGCAGAGGCCGGAUUCGCCGCGAGCUUUGAGCGCCUCGACGCAACGCCGCUGCCAUUUGCGGAGUGGCUCGUGCGGUCGGAGGGCGGUCGCGUGCGCCUGCUGCACAUCGACGACGACGCGAGGCUGUGGGGGGUCAGCACGCGGGAUUUUAAGGAGAGCGAGAGGAUAGCGUGCCCCGAUUACGGCGACACUUAG